AUGGCUACCGCCGAGAAGACCCAGGAAAAGCAGAAACAGUUCCAAGUGCCAGAUUACGAGUCAGGCGAGGACUACGAUAGCGCCGAUGAUGAUUACUCGGAUGAAGAGGAGGAGGAAGAGCAGGAGGCUCCCGUUCAGAACCAACAACAACUGCAACGUCGUCGAAAGCAGCCUCCAAAGAAACAAGAUGAGCUGGAAGAGCUCUCAGAUGAAGACGACUACUAUUCCGAUGAAUACUCCGACGAUGAUGACGGAAUCAUGCAGCGCAGAGAGGACGAUUGGAGCCCCAGCGGUGGUAUGAACGUGAUUGAUGAGAAGAAGAAAAGUAUCGAUGAUGAGGAGGGUAUGAAGUUGAAGCUCGAGUUGAAUUUGGAGAUCGAAAUCGAGCUCAAGGCCCGAAUCCACGGUGAUCUGACCAUUGCUCUAAUGUAA